AUGUUACCAAGUCAAACACGCCAUGUAAUCGCUAUCAAUAUCGAAACAUUAGCCGGUUCGACGUUCGAAUUACUCGUAUCUCCGUUUGAAACUGUAACAAGCAUAAAACGAAAAAUCGAAAGACGAGAAGGUAUUCCGGUGUCACAUCAACACCUUGUGUGGAAAACGAAAGAGCUUGAAGACGAAUCGUGUCUACAUGAUUACAAUAUUGGAGAUGGUACAACGAUUAUACUCGUUUUAGCCAUGAGAGGUGGACCAGUCAAUACAAAACGUGUGCCCAUUGAAGAUAGUUUAAUACGUGAUAUGUCUGAGUAUAUUGAAACCAAAGAGGAUUACAGUGAUUUAUUUCCGGGCGGUACAUCGAAUAAAAAUGUUACUUUUCUUGUGUUACGGGAUGGUGAUCAAUUUAAUUUUUUUCAACUCAUCGAUCGAGGUGAUGGUACAUUAUCACCAAUGUCGGGCUCAAUGAGUACUGCAUCAAUGUACAACACACAUGAGGGCGUUGAUGUCGAGCGUGUAUAUGAUGAAAAACGACAGGCGGAAGAUAGAAAAACAAAGCAGAAAAUGGAAUUAAUCAAAUCAAAACUAAAAAAUACACCCACGCUAUCUUCAAAAAAGGAAACUCAAUUGCUACCACCAAGACCACCAUCUGGUGCUAAAUCUAAGACCAUUCGUCAAACACUCACAACAUCUUAUCCCGUGGGCAGUGGUACUACACGUUCACGUCGUUAUGGUGGUGAUCGAAACAUUGUGCUUGAUCCAGCUUUGAACAAUAUUAAUGAUACCGAAGUAUCUUCAACGGCGACUACAAUAUUAGUAGACAAUUACAAUAACAAUAUCUCUGAACGUAAACGAAUACCUAAUACAAUUUCAACGACAAAUAUAUUUAACACGUAUAAUCUGUUAUCAGCAAAAAAUUUGCAAGAAGAUGAUGAGGACGACGAUGAAGAGGAUGAAGAUGAUGAGUCAAAUGAUGAGGAGAAAGAUAGCGAUGAAUAUAAAACAAGCUCAAUGAUAACUGCUAAAAAAUUAUUUGGUUCAACUCGAUCGUUUUCACCAUCAAUAUUAUCAAACGGUUUCUAUUCUUCAUCGGCCACUGCUGUCACAACUCCGUUAAUCUCAGAUACAAUCACUACAAAAAAACAAUUAUCAUUAUCCUCACUAAAGAAUAGUUUAGAACAACAACAACAACAAAGCAGAAUUUAUCAGCACUAUCACGAUAAAAAAAAAGUGUCAAUGACCAAACGAGAAACAACAAAAAGUUCAAUUGAAACAAUAUUAACAACUGGCAAUCCAUCAACGAAUUUAGAAACAACAAAAAGUUCAAUUGAAACAAUAUUAACAACUGGCAAUCCAUCAACGAAUUUAGGACUUAACAACCAGGACAUAACGAAUUCUCAGGCAACUACAACGAAUGAUCUGUCUACUAUAGCUUCCUCAGCUAAGAACGACGAUUUAUUACUCGAUUAUAUUCAUCGCUUGUCCCCCAUCCAAUCACAGCCACUUCCUCCAUCUCCUCGUAUUACUUGUUCAGCGAAACGUUUAAGUGAUCAAACUCAAUCACAAUCAGCGUUUUGUACAACAACAGUAGCGAAUGGAAAUACUGCUAGUUGUGGAACAGCAACAAACGAAAUUUAUCAUCAUCUUUCAUCGUCCACCGCUCUUGAUCUUGACGAUGACACUAUUGGUACUACAAACAACUAUGCAUCUUUAAGAAAGCUACAACAAUCACCGUUUAAAUGUUUGCAUUCAUCGUUAUCAAAUAGUAAUGAUUCGUAUCUUCGAAAACAAACAGCUGGUUCAAUUAGUAACACUGGUGGAGAUAAUUCGAACAGUCGAAAUGAUACGUCGUUGAGUAAAUGGCCAGAUACACCGUCACCACAAAGUAAAAUAGACGGACAUUUUGUUCAAGAUGACGAUAUAAUUAUUGGUGAACAAUCUAAUACUAAUGAACGUACAGUCACCAGUCAUUCACUAUUUCGGCAUCAAAAUAGUAGUUCGAGCACAAUCACACCCGCACCAACGUUACCGAACUUACCACACAGUGCAAGAAAAACACAACGUUAUCAUCAUACAACAAACAGUACAUCAUCUACCGUAUCAUUUGAUCAGCAACGUUCAUCACCAUCGCUAAAUGUGAGACCAUUAGUACCCUUAUCAUUAUCCAAAUAUCGUCGUAUGCCUCCACCAAAUACAACAAAUAUUCCGCAAGGAACGAAUUAUAGUACAACAUUUUUUCAAAAUCAAACAAAUGAUACACCAUCAACACCCACCAAUGAUUGGUUUAAAAAUACAACAACAACAACACCGAAUGAUUCAUUUAAUGAACAUUUGAUGUUAAGUAAACGAAUUGAAAUGUUAAAAACAGGAAAACAACAACAACAACAACAACAAGCUACUAUACCACCAUCUCCAUCCUCGUCGUCCACAGCAAUCUUUCCGUCACCACCGUCAAUACUGUCAACAAAACGAGACAGUAAUAAUGAGAAUAAACCAACAACAAAAUCGGUUGUAUCGUCAACAUCUGUCACUGCACAAGGCUCACCCUAUGAUAGUACAAAAGUAACUAUAGAAACAAUUGGACCAAAAACGGUAUCAGCAUUAUUGAGACAAAAUGCAACGAUUGAACCUGUUGAUACAUCAAGAGGAGUUGGAAAACAUCUGGUGUCUCUGUUAACGACCGCAUCUAAAGAAACAUCUAUCAAGGAAGAACGUUAUAAGCUUGAUUCAAAACUGAAUCCCUGGUCAACAACAUCGAUUAAUGGUAGUACCGUUAGUAGUUUAAAUUCAACAACUGCUACAAUUUACAGUAAUACAAAUUCAAAUAAAUUACCACCCGUUAUUAUCAGUCGGAAACCAACAGCAAAAUGUUUUUUGUGUAAGAAAAAAACUGGUCUUGCCACAACAUAUUCUUGCAGAUGUGGUAGUUCAUUUUGUUCCGAACAUCGUUAUCCUGAAGCUCACAAUUGUCCAUAUGAUUACAAAGCUGAAGGAAAACGAUUAAUUGAAAGAAAUAAUCCAGUAAAUCGUAAAUGUGAACAGUUAAUAUCGGAAAGUUUUAAAACUACAGUGAUGGAUGAUGAGGGUCAAAAAAUUCUAACAGAUAUUGUUACCGGUACUAAUUAUUUACUACAACAAUUGAAUAUUGAUCGUCGUAUUCGCACUGUGGCUGAAUUUUGCAGUGAUGUUUUAAUUCCUAUUUAUGAGAAAAUAUGUUUAUGUCAAUUAAAAGACGUUCGAUUACCAAUUCGAAAUCUUCAAGAUGAAAUUCAUAAUAUUAAUGUUGUUAUUAAUGCCUUGUGUUUUGAAACUGUUGAAUUUGAUUUAUCUCAUAUAACUGGUGAACAAAUUACAAAUGGUGAUGCUUAUGCUAUGAAUGAUCUAUUAGAAAUUUUAACCGAUGUUUAUCAAUGGAUUAAAGCAAAUAACAAUAAAACUUUGGAACAAGAAUCUUUGCCACCAUCAUCAAAUCUUCCCUCAGUCUCAGAUCGAUCAGCUAUAACAACAUCUCUUGGAGCACGAAUAGUAGCUAAAAGUCGAGAUGAUUUAGAAAAUCGUAAAAAUCCAUAUUCAUUUACAAAUGAAUUUGCAUCAAAUAGUUUGGUUAUAUCACAAAUUUCACCAAUAUUAUCGCCAUCAACAUCACCUCGACAUACAAAACAAUUGGCAACUGCGAAUCUCAAUGAUAAAUAUGACACAUUACUCAAACGUUUUGAACAAACUGUUCAAAUGUCAACAGAUGCGUUGCAUUUGAAAAAAACUGAAGAAUCGAAUUUGAAAUCAGUAUUGGAUGAUUUAAAUCGUUCAAUAUUAUCAAAUCAAAAUAUUCGACAACGAGAUGAACAAUACGUUUCUGAUAAACAUCAUCAUGAUACAUUUACCAUUAACAGUGAUAAAGAAAAUGAUGUGGAAGAUGAUUUAGCAUUACUAUUAAAUACUCAUGUACUUGAACCAUCGGUAAUUUAUCGUGAACAAGAUCAGAGACAAAGAUCUGUAUCGGGCAAUACAUUGUUACAUCAAUCAAAUAAUGAUUAUUCCUGUUUAGCUCUCGAUAAUAGUAAACAUAAUCGUUUGAAUCGUAGUGAUGAAUUUUAUCAAAUUCGAACACAAUUAAAACGUCAUUAUAAUCAGAAGUCAAAUUUAAAUCAAUUUUUAAAAGAAAAAUUUGAUGAUGAUCUUGAAGAUUAUAAAUCUACAACAGAAAUUUUAAAUAAUAAACAAAAAUUACGUAAAAUAAAACAAAAUGAAAUAGAAAAUUCAUUAUUAAAAGUUCGUUUACCAUCCUCAUCAUCUAAUACAACAAUGAGGCCAACAAAAUCGGCUGGUAAAAAAGGCUAUUUACGUUCAUCAACAACAUCGCUUGUAAAACAUCGACAACAUUCACAAAGUGCCUUAGAAUUGAAUAAUCAUUAUGAUGAUGAAGAAGAUAUGGAUGAAAAUGAAAAAAAAUCAUUAAAACGUUCCAUGUCAAAACGUUUAUUAAUGGCGAAUGAACACGAUUUAAUUCCGAUAUUGAAUGAACAAUUUCCACAUAUGUAUUCUUCAACAGAAAUGCAGACAAAAUUAAAUGAACAGUUUAGUAAACAUAUUGAUAGUUUAUUCAAGGCAAGAGUUGAACUUAUUAAUGCUCAAACUGGAAAUAUUAAUGAUUUGGAAGAAGCGAAAAAGAAACAUGAUCGUAUUACCGAAAUACUACGAAAAGAAUUGGUUGCUACUCAACGUCAGCAAGAUAGUCAAUUGAAACAAUCAGCUGAACGUAUAUUACGUUCAAAAAUUCGUGAUCAACGUAUUCAAUCGGCACGUACUCGUCGUUACUACAAUGAUUUUCGUUUACAACAACGUAAACGUUUAUUAAAAAAGCGUACAAAUGAAGAAUUAAUUUUAAAACAAGCCUAUGAUGAAUCAAUUAAAAUUCAAAAAGAACGUUUAUAUGAGAUGAAAAAAUAUAAACAACAAUAUAAUGAUUUAUUUAUGAAACGUUAUAAAACACAAUUAGAUUCAUUAGAAAAUUAUUAUCGUGAACGUUUAGAAAUGUUUAAAGAACAACAGGUAAAUGAACAAACGAUUAAACAACGAAAUGAUAAUGAAGAAAAAUUAGAACUUGAUAAACAACGUCAACAAUUACGAAAACAAUUAGAACAAGAUAUUAAACAAUUACAUGAACAUUUAGCGGAUAAUACGGAUUAUAUGCAUUAUAGACAAUUGGAUUUAGAUAAAUUAAAAGAGAAUUUAAUACAAGCAAGAAUUACGACUAAAGUUUAA